AUGUCUUCAACAAGAGGAUCGUUCUCUGCGCCUACGCAAGUCCACACGUUUGAUGGCCUCCUCUCUGACUUUGAUGGCACAAUUGUGGAUUCUACCGAUGCAAUUGUGAAGCACUGGCACAAGAUUGGUGACGAGCUGGGCGUCGACCCCAAGACUAUCCUCGCUACCUCACAUGGCCGCCGCAGUAUCGAUGUCAUGGGACUAUACGACCAGACCAAGGCCAACUGGGACUACGUCAACUAUGUCGAAGGCCUCAUCCCGAAACAAUACGGCUCAGACGCCGUCGAAAUCCCCGGCGGCCGCGAUCUCCUCACAGCUCUUGAGAACUCUGGCGCACGCUGGGGUGUGGUGACAUCUGGUACACGGCCACUCAUUGACGGCUGGUUGGAUGUGCUCGGGCUCGCACACCCUAAGAAUUUGGUGACCGCAGCGGACGUACCGCUCGGCAAGCCGGAUCCUCGCUGCUAUCUGCUCGGCCGGAAGCAGCUGGGCCUUGAAGAUUCAACCUCCAUUGUUGUCCUCGAAGAUGCACCUUCUGGUAUUAAAGCCGGAAAGGCCGCUGGGUUCAAGGUGAUUGCGCUCACGACAACGCAUUCGCUGGAGAAGCUUCAGGAAGCUGGAGCCGAUUGGAUUGUGGAAGAUUUGAGGAGCGUUUCCGUUAAGGAAGUCGUUGAUGGUCGUGUGUACAUUGAGAUCAAGAAUGCUUACCAAUAG